AUGGGUUCCACGGAAUCAGAGCUUGUCCGCAAAGCCGAGGCUCUUCUGGCUGCUGCCAGGAACCUUCAAGAACAUCCCAAUGAGCGGCAUGCCCUGCUGAGACAGGUCGAGCUCUUCCGCCAGGAGUUGGAAGACCCAAUGGAUGCCAUGAUAAGGCAAUGGACUUCCUAG